AUGAUUUUUUUCAAACAAUCUGAUCAAGCUCGAAUUGAGUAUCGAACCCGUUUGAAUUCAUCGGUUGAUUGCGUCAAAUUUCUUCUAAGACAAAGACUUGCGUUUCGUGGGCUUGAUGAAUCUGAAAAUUCAAGUAACCAAGGAAAUUUUCUUGAACUUCUCAAGUUUCUUGUUGAUCAUAAUGAAGAUUUCAAAGUGGCUGCAUUGAGCAAUGCUCCACAAAAUCUCAAGUUGACAUCUCCUGAUAUUCAAAAAGACAUUGUAAAUGUGGCCGCAUUUAAAACUAUCAAUGUGAUUAUUAGAGAUCUUGGUGAUGCACUUUUUUCUAUUUUGAUUGAUGAAGCCCGUGACAUAUCAAUCAAGGAGCAAAUGGUAGUUGUAAUAUGA